GUUUUGUCAACUCAAAUUGGACAUUUGUUUGGAGCAAUCGCGUUAAGUUUCCGAAAUGGAACCAUUUUUAAUCGGUUUCCUAAUCGCGAUUUCGAUAUUCUUCGUAACUUCAGUAAUUGUGGCAAUAAGACGCAAACAACGAUCAGCGCAAAAUGUUGGCUACGUAAUCAGUGAGGGUGCACCAGGUAGGUAUCCCGCUCAGCAGUACCCGCCUCCAGCAUAUCAGCAUAGUGUGCAACCAGUAGCCUAUGUUUAUCCAGGCCAGAACUACAGCCACGUUGGAGUGCAGUUGCCCAUGCAAAUGUCGGGAAUGCAAGGUCCAGCGCCAGGCAUGCAACCUUAUCCAGCUAUGCAACACCGUGAUUUGAACCCGCCUGGAACGACGCCUGCGCCGGAACCCACAGUUCUCCAAGCAAGUGUCGAGAAACCCGUCAGCCAGCAAACCCACCAAGGAGCCGUUGAAUCAGUUAGUCAAAUCUAAGGAGCAUUUUGACCAUUUUCAUAUUUAUUAUUAAUUUAGGCAAACUGAGUUAUGUUACUUUACAAAUCUACAUUAAUAACGAAUUAAUGAAUUUAAA